AUGUCAUCAUCAUCAUCAAGAAAAUUAUUAUUUGAUCAAUUCUUGUUGGUUACUCUAAAAGAAGAGGAGAUCGAUAAGACGCUGAAUACUUAUCAGCCAAGCAGUAUGAGUAGCACCAAACAACAGCAGCAACAGUCAGAGUCGUUCUCAUUCGUGUUGACAGACCGCGAGGGUAACCAACAGUUUGGAUUCACCCGACGUAUUCUCACGAAAUCGAUGAUCAACAAUCGUGUGCUGCUCGUACCCGAGUCACUCUGUAUCAUCAGUAGAUACGCGUGGUUCUCGACGUUCACCAAGAUGCUCGAGAUCCUAGAGACACGCUACCACGUCUCUGUCGAGGAGAUACACACCUUUCUGGCGGCGGCACUACUCUCUGUCAUACCGGCGCCAGGCGACAACUUCACCGUUCACAUCUACAACAAUCCAUUCCUCCAGCAGCCACAGAAAUCCGUGGAACUUCCAACAUCCUACAUACUCACCAGACCAUUGGAUAUCGGUAAAUCAUCACUUCAUGAUGGUACAUUGUUUCCAUUGAUAGAAUCACUGUCUUCACAAAAGAUAUUGAAGAAUAUUUGUAAGGUUAGUAAGUUUGUGAAUGCUGCUGUCGCACUUUUAGAUCCAUUCGUUUGGCAACAUAUAUUUAUUCCAGUGCUGCCGCGAUCAUUGUUGGACUAUUGUACUGCACCAAUGCCAUUCAUCAUCGGUGUACACUCAUCGCUAUUCCCACUGAUAAGAAAGAAACCACUGAAUGAAAUCAUAUUCGUUGAUUUGGAUAAGGAUCAGGUGUUACCACUACCGGAAGACAUUGCCCUAUUCCCAACACAACUCAACCAACUUUUAAAACAAUGUUUAGAUUCACAAAUACUUGAAUGGAAAAAGAAUAAGAAUUAUAAUAAUAAAAUAAUUGUAGAUACAUUUAGAAAGUUCUUUGUACAGAUUUUAGGUACAUACAGGAGAUUCUUCUUGAAAGAUAUGGAUAGAAAGAAAAUGAUUUUCGAUAAAAUUUCAUUUAUAGAUUCUCAAUUGAUAACUCCAACAAAGAAUUUGACACCACCUGGAAUAUUCGAGAAGGAAGUGGUUUUGUUUGAUUUGCGAAAUCCUGUCACUCAAUCUAUUAAUAAUACACUAAAGUCAAAGGAGAAGGAGAAGGAGAAAGAACGUGAGAAAGAGAGAAUCGAGAAGGAAAAGGCUAUUGCCAAGGCAAAUGCAUACCGGCAGGUAUUGGAAGUGAAGAAACCAGCACUCAAUCCAAAGUUACAAUCGAAUGGCAGUGUAGAUCGAUCUAUACUAUCAUCUCUUAGAAUCGGUGGAAAUAACAAUAACAGUAGUAGCACUGUUAUGAAUACCAAUAGCAGUAACAACAACAACUCGAACGAUAUAAAAUCACAUACUGUAACAAUUGCAAGUUUAUCAUCUGGCAAUCUUGGAAGUAGUAGCAAUACAAAUACCAGUAAUAAUAAUAAUGUGGAGUUACCAAAACCGAAAUCCUCUGUAAAUUUAUCAUCGCUUACUUCUUUGACUUCGGGAUUAAGAGUUGGAGGCAACAGCAACAACAAUCCAGCAUCGAUUGGAAGAAGUACUUCAACUUCUUUUACUAUGGGAUCGACCAGUACAAUGCCACACCCGACUGCACCUUCACACUCUGUAUCGAAUCCAAGUUUGACAGUCAGUCCAUCACCCAACCAAUCUUCACUCUCUGUCACCAACACAAGCAGUACAGGAUCAAGUGGUCAUUCACGUUCCAUCUCUGUCUCGGACGUCGGUCACAUGCUAAUCACACAGGUCGCCAAAACAGUGACAGCCACCACCUCCACAGUUUCAAACAUCUCGCACACCAUUGUCUCACACACUCCCAUUCACAAUCUAAACUCACAUCAGAAACUCUCAACUACACCACCACCGCCAUCGUCAGCACAACCACUUGGCAACAACAACAACUCUUCCAAUAAUAAUUCGCCAGCUACCGCACAGCUGGUGGAGCAGCAAUACGAGUUUGUCAACCAUCCAAAUAGCGGACAUCGCAAGAACAUUCAAUUUAGAUCGAUUCCUUUUGUGUUAAUUCAUCAAAAGUUUUCACCACAAGACAUCACUCAUCUCUGCAUCGAAGACAUCAACAAUUUCUUGUUCCCACCCAAUCUCAAACCACAACAACAACAACAAACCACAAACAUUCCAAAUAUUAUUGAAACACCGUCUUCACCUCCUCCCGAACUUGCUAAUACUGCCAACAAUACAAACACCAACACUAACAAUGACAGCAAUGGAUCACAAAUGAAACGAACGAGUUCAAUCGAUAGAAAUCUCUUUAAAAUUCCAGAACUGCCUGAACACUUUGCAAUUCCUCUCACCAUUAGAAGACCAAGAACAUCCUCUACCAAUGUUGCAUCUACAAAUGCAUCAUCGAUGGUUCCAACACCGAUUCCAAACAACAAUAUUGUACAGGUACCGCCAAUGAUCAAUCCAAACUACAGUGUAUCACAGAAAUUGUCACUUCCACCACCACCGUCCUCUCCCCACACAAUGAUACGCAAGUCUCACCAUCGUUCAAGUUCAGUGUCUUCAUCUACGCCAAGCACCUCACUCACCAAAACAUCGAUACCAACGCGACUCACCACCUCUCAACAACACCAACAGAAUAGCAUUACACUGACUCCGCCAUUCCAUAUUCCACCUCCACCAGUUCCCUCUUCCUCACUCCUAAAACUUCAGACUAUCAGCAGCUCAUCGCCACCCAGCAGCAAAGACAGCAGUCCAGAAAUAAAUAGCGAUAUCACCAGUAAUUCAUUGAAAAUGAGUGCAUCCGUGCCAAAAUCAUCGUUGGCAUAUGAUACAACACAGGCGCCAUCCAACAAUUCAUCCUAUUCGCAAUCAACAGCAGCAGCAGCAGCCAACAACGAACAACAGCAACAACAGAAUCCAAGUAACAGCCAGAAUCAAACUCCAAUCACUGCAGCUGCAUCCUACGACAAUCCAUUACCACCACUCUCCAACAACUCUGUACCGUCGACCUCCAACUUUUUCGAUACCAAUCCACUAUCGACACCCAUCGAAACCUCCAUUCCAAUCUCGGCAUCGACCAACAAUUUCUUUUCAGAGUGUUCGCCACUUGGUGUGCCAUCUUCAACUCCGGUGGUUGGAAGCAGCGGCAUGCCAAUUCCACCAAAUCCAAUCGCACAAUCAACCUCGGAUGCAUUCUCUCAAUUCGUAUCGCCAGCGGCACAGUCGUCAAACUGUGCAUUCGGAAGCGUUAGCAACAGCAGCAGUAUCAGCUCAACUACCAGCUCUUCGAUUCUGCCGCCACUACUCAACAGCUCCGGUAUGAUUCCACCACCAUCGACCUCAUCGUUCUGUACAAAUUUCUUUGACCAAUCACCACUCUCACACUCUAGUAAUUUCAAUGAUUUUGGACCACCAGCAUCUUCAUUCGGUUCCUACAAUCACGUAGCAAACAACAGUAACCCCAACACACAUACAAACACACCUGCUCUAUCCGGUACCGGUAUGGGCAAUCCACUUCCACCUUUAAUACAACCAACAACUCAAACAUCCUCCACCAAUCCAAUAGCAGCCAGCGGAAGUUUACCAAAACCAAUUUCUUCAAAUGAUGGAAUGGACGAAUUCGAUCUAUUUCUUUCCAUGAGAAAUAAGAAAAUAUAA